AUGUCAGGACUGGAAAAAGACACUGAAAUUAUGGCGGGACAUAGUUAUAAAAAUAUACAGAUCACCGGAGAUGCCAGAGCUCAAAUCGGGGAUAUUAUACACUAUCACGAUAGGGUACUGAACAGAGGUCUCGAACAAGGCAACCCUCUCGAUACUGAUUGCCAGUGUCUGAACGACUUGUGGCCAGACAAUCCUGAUUAUGAGAAGGAGGGUAUACAAAAAAGUAAAGGCGGCCUCCUAAAAGAUUCAUGUAUCUGGGUUCUCAAGAAUCCCGAGUUCCUGCGAUGGCGUGGUGACCAGCAGAGUCGGCUUCUCUGGGUCAGGGGCGACCCUGGCAAGGGUAAAACGAUGCUACUUUGCAGUAUUAUCGACGAAUUGAAGAAGUCAAACUCCGAAAAACACAAUCUGUCCUUCUUCUUCUGCCAGGCCACUAACUCACAAUAUAAUAACGCCACAGCUGUCCUUCGCAGCCUUAUUCGCCAGAUGGUUAAUCAGCAACCAUCACUGAUAAAGCAUGUGCGGAAGGAGUAUGAUAAUUAUAGAGACAUAUUCAAGCGUAUAAAUGCUUGGAUUACCGUGUGUGAUAUCUUUAAAAACAUCCUAGAAGACCGGACCUUGAACCACAACUUCCUGAUCAUCGAUGCGCUCGACGAAUGUACAACAGGCCUAACAGAUCUUCUUAACCUGGUUAGGCAGACAUCAGCGACAUAUUCAAACCUUAAGUGGAUUGUAUCCAGCCGCCACUGGCCAAGCAUUGAGGAUAGUCUUAAUAUGGCAGCACAGAAAUCCUUACUUUCUCUCGAGCUGAAUGAAGAAUCCAUCUCAGCAGCUGUUGCUAUAUAUAUCAAGCAUAUGGUUGAAAAACUAGCGAAGGAAAAGAACUAUAGUAAGGGUACGGAGGACAAAGUCCAUCGCCGUCUAUCGUUAAACGCAAAUAAUACCUUUCUCUGGGUUGCUUUAGUCUGUCGAGAACUUGCAAGGCGAGAGGUCAGACUCCACCAUAUCGACUCGAAAUUGGAUGCAUUUCCUCCGGGGCUGGAUCAAAUUUACCAACGGAUGAUGGACCAGAUCAGCAAUUCCGAGGAUGCUAUACUUUGUAUUCGCAUACUGGCUAUUGUCUCAGUUGUAUACCGGCCUAUUACACUGGAUGAGCUUAUGACUUUCAUUGAUCUUCCUGACGGCUUCUCGAACAAUGAGUAUCUAGCGGAAAUUAUCAGGCUUUGUGGCUCUUUUCUAACUGUUAAGGGACCUACCAUUCUAUUUAUCCAUCAAUCUGCCAAGGACUUCUUAGUUGGAAAUCCAUCAAAGGAGAAGAUUUUCCCAUCUGGGAUAAAAAAUGAACACUAUACCAUCUUCUCGCAAUCACUACAAGCUAUGUCCAGAAUAUUACGGCGUGAUAUUUACAACCUAAAGGUACAACAACCUAAGCAGGACCCACUAGCUGUUGUGCGGUAUUCAUGCAUCCAUUGGGUUAGCCAUCUGAUUGACUAUUAUUCUGACCAAGCCCCUGGACCAGAAGAGGAUUCCUUAGGCAGAAUAAUCUAUGGGUUUUUCAGUGAAACUUAUCUAUAUUGGCUUGAAGCUCUUAGCCUUUUUGGAAGCAGUUCAGAAGGGAUUCUUGCAAUAUCAAAGCUUGAGUAUAUACUCCAGGGAAGCGCGGAGAGAUCUCAGCUCAUCUACCUUAUCCAAGAUGCACGCCGAUUUAUUUUGAACCAUAAACAUGUGAUAGAAAACUGGCCUCUCCAGAUAUACAGCUCAGCACUUAUAUUCAGUCCAGCUCGAAGCCUAGUAAAGGAUCUAUUUGCAUCGGAGGAGCCUGUGUGGGUCAGAAUGAAACCAACAGUAGAGGAUAAUUGGAGCGCUUGUCUACAGACUAUCAAGGGCCACAAUAGCUCAGUCCACUCAGUCGCCUUCUCUCACAACUCUAUGCUUAUUGCAUCGGCAUCAUGUGAUAUGACGGUCCGGAUCUGGAGUACCAGUAGCGGCGAUUGCCUACAAAGCGUUGAGAAUGGGUCACGCGGCCCUAUUAUAUCGUUCGAUACUACCAGCUCAUACCUUCUCACUGAUAUUGGCGCCAUCCCUGUACCGUCGGUUUCAGAUAUUACAGCCGCGCCUAGAAGGUCGCCUUUUCAAGGCUGGGGUAUUAGUUCUACCCCCCCUUUUUUAAACACUUCUUUGCUAAUUGAUUUUGUCACGGCCACAAUCUCGGAGGCGCAUUUCCAAGACGAAGUUGCAGGCUACAAAUCCCACGAGACUGACCAAGAGACGUUAUCCGCGACUUGGGGGCUAUCGGCCAGGGAUAAGGGUAGAAGCUCAGGGAGUGGCUCUCGUGAUGGUCUCUCUCUUCACCGUGAGGGCCAAUGA